AAUUCAAUCAUAUCAACUGCGGACAUCCUUCGUGGCUUACAAGACGGAGCGGCACACCGAACAUAGGAAAUUUACUUGUGUUUCUCAACGUUUUUACGCUUUCUUUUAAGCCUUUCUUUUUGCCUUUUGGUAUUACAAUGAAGGAAAGAAGAAAUACACAACCGUCGGUGGUUAGAUGUAAAUUGGUUCUUGUAGGAGAUGUUCAAUGCGGAAAAACGGCAAUGUUGCAAGUCCUGGCAAAAGACUGUUAUCCAGAGACCUACGUGCCGACGGUGUUUGAGAACUACACAGCCUGUCUGGAGCUUGAGGAGCACCGCGUGGAGCUCAGCCUGUGGGACACGUCAGGUUCACCGUACUACGACAACGUCAGACCCCUAUGCUACAGCGACUCGGACGCUGUCCUGCUCUGUUUCGACAUCAGUCGCCCAGACAUCGUCGACAGCGGCCUGAAGAAGUGGAAGGCUGAGAUACUGGACUUCUGCCCCAGCACACGCAUCCUCCUCAUUGGCUGUAAGACCGACCUGCGCACUGACGUGUGCACACUUAUGGAGCUGUCCAAUCAGAAACAGACGCCCAUCACCCAUGAGCAGGGCUCAGCCAUGGCCAAGCAGCUGGGAGCUGAGGCCUACCUGGAGUGUUCGGCCUUCACCUCCGAGAAGAGCAUCCACAGCGUGUUCCGCACCGCCGCCCUGGCGUGCAUCAACAAGCUGCGGCCGCUGGCCAAGCCGAGCCCCACCCGCCGCCUGUCCAAGAGACUCCUCCACCUGCCCAGCCGCUCCGAGCUGCUGUCCUCCACCUUCAAGAAGGAGAAGGCAAAGAGCUGCUCCGUCAUGUGAGUGGAGGUCCCCCCCCCCGUCCCCCCCCGUCGGGACGGAG